CUGGCAACAAUGAUUACACUCCUCACCACUCUCUGCCUAUUUACUACAGUGAACACUGAAAUGUCUGAGCUUCACGUACGAACUGUGAGGAGUGGAAGUAAUGUUACCAUAAAAUGUGACCAGAACAUGGACAAUGACAACAAAAAAUAUUUAUCUUGGUAUAAGCAGAGUUCAGGAAAAGUGCCAGAGUAUGUUGUGAGAUCGUUUCAGGGGAUAAGAUAUGCUUCAGGUUCUAAUGAUGGACGUUUCACUGUGGACGAAGAAACAUUUGAUCUCACUAUUAACGCAAAGAAUGAAGAGGAUGCUGGACUAUAUUUCUGUGGAAAAGUAAAGGCAAAUGUUGUAGAGUUUGGAUCUGGGACUCACUUGCUUUAUCAAGGUGAGAAGAUCCAUCAUCCUGUGACUGAAAUGGUGAUCAAGACUGGAGACUCUGCUACUCUCCAGUGUUCAGUACAGUCUCUUAAUUCAAACUGUUCAGGAGAUCACAGUGUGUACUGGUUCAGACAUGGAUCAGGAGAAUCUCAUCCAGGAAUCAUUUACACUCAUGGAAACAGGAGUGAUGAGUGUGAGAAAAGCUCUGAGACUGAUUCUCCUACACAGAGCUGCGUCUACAAACUCCCCAAGAGAAACCUCAGCCUCUCUGAUGCUGGAACUUACUACUGCGCUGUGGCUGCAUGUGGGCGGAUAGUGUUCGGAAAUCAAACUAAAGUUAAUGUACAAGAAAAUAACAGCUGGAUUGUUAUCACCUUGACAAUACUGAAUGUAAUAUUUGCUAUUGUGAUCAUACUUCUGAUUGGAGUUCUACUAAAGAAUCAUCGGAAUGGUACUUUCAACAGCCAUCUAAGCUACACUGACCAGGCUGAAGACACAAAAGUCUUAAACUAUGCUGCCCUGAAUUUUGCUAUGAAGCCUUCCUCCUCGAGACCACCCAGAGUCAAGACAACUCAAGACAUGAAAUAUAUCUCUCCUCCAGAACACAGGACGAAAAACAAGACGUGUAUUCACAGGUCAAACAUAGCUGAUGGGAAAUGGGCACAGACAGCAUCACCAAAAUUGAAUAUUCACCACAUUGGAACAUGAUUUGCUGAUUUGUAAGCACUGAUUGGCUGUCUUUGUGGAGGGGGUGGAGUAGGGAAGUGGUCAUUGUGCCUUGUUGGAGAGCUCAACAGUAGUUCCAACAAAACACAAAAGAGAGAGAUGUUCAAAUUUAUGCUUGUUUAUGAUGAGAUAUUGUUUAUUGCCAGAUACAGUGAAUAAAUCCUUACACAUGUUU